ACGUAUAACAUUUGAUAUGCACAAGGAUCGACUUUAAAUUAACAUACCUUACAUAGGAAUAUAUAAUUGUGUUGGAUGUAAUAAAUAUAUCUCUAAAUGGUCAGUGGCAAUAAUGGUGUAACAAUAAAUCCUAAAAGAAGAGGAAUUGAGAGCCUAAAGCAGCAUAUGAUAUUCUUUGAUGUUUGAACUGCAUUAUGGUGCCAUUUCCCACAGAAAUCAAGAAAAUAUUUGCAGCUGUUUAUCUAUGUAUCUUUUUCAUGUCAUUCAAACAGCUUUGUCAGCUUGUAGAAUCACAGACCUGUGAUAUAAUAAUUGAAGAUGAGUUAUGGCCAUUACAGUGGUAUCUUAAUAAAUCAGAAGGAGACCAGUAUGACAUGAACGUUCUACCUGCAUGGAGAAGUUGUAUUAAUGGUACUGGUGUUACAGUUGGCGUGGUAGACAAAGGUGUUCAAGAUCAUAUUGAUCUUAAAAUUAACAAACACAUUGGUUUUGGUGAUGUAAACGCAGGAACAGUUAUUUCAUUACAACAUGGUACUAGGGUCGCUGGUAUUAUAGGAGCUCUGACGAAUAAGAAUUUUACAAUUGGAAUUGCUUUUGGAUCAGAAAUAGCAGAUUUAAAGAUAGCUUCCACAGCUGUUUGGGAGACGUUUGAUGUGGCAGUAUUCUUUCAUCGUAUGGAUAUUAUUGAUAUUUACUCCUGUAGUUUUGCUAAUUUCCAUACUGGCACUAAAACAUAUAAAUUAGAAAAGAAUCAGGAGGAUGCAUUCAUAAAGGGAACUACUUUGGGCAGGGGAGGUCUUGGAUCUGUGUUUGUUUUUGCUACAGGAAACAGUGGUGAUGAAACAAAAAUAAGUCAUGACAGCUGUGCUUUUGACAGACUAGUUACUAAUAGAUAUGUUAUUUCAGUAGCAGGAAUUCAGAAUGAUUUAAGUAAGGUUCCAAAUGGAGAAGCCUGCAGUGCAAUGAUGGUAGCUGCUUUCACUGCAAAGGGUGGAGCCAAACAUCACGAAAUAGUAACUACUGAUGUAGGGAACAAAUCGACAGGAUAUUUUAAUCAUAACUCAGCAGCUGUACCAAUGGUGUCAGGAGCAGUAGCACUGGCUUUCAGUGCCAAUCCAAAGCUAUCAUAUCGUGAUGUGAUGCACCUUCUGGUUUUAACAUCUAGGGGUGAUCUGCCUGAAUUUAAACAAGGAAACUAUUUCAUUAAGAAUGCAGCAAACUUAUCAGUUUCUUCAUAUUUUGGAUUUGGCUUGCUGGAUAUGGGAGCACUUGUUAAACGGAGUCGUGGUUGGAACAAUGUACCAGUAAAGGAGAGCUGUAAUGCAAUCAAUCCCCAUCGUAACCCAGUGGAAAGUCCCUAUAAUUUUGUACAUGUACACUCAUGCAACAUCAGUUACACAGAACAUGUUGAAGUAUCACUCAAGGUAAACCACCGACAUGCUGGGCAGAUACAGUGGGUUCUAAUAUCGCCUCACGGAACCAGAUCUACAAUACUACCAGGCAGGAUAUUGGAUUCAACAAAAUAUAUGAACUUUACUGUAUUAACUGUUCAGAUGUGGGGAGAAACACCUAAUGGAUACUGGACUUUAGAACCUACAGCUCUCUUUGAAAUAAACUUAGAUGGUGGUACAGUGGAGUUAAUCAGUCUAACUAUACAUGGGUUUAACUGUUCAUCAUCUGACUUAAAAUGUUUAAAGCCUGCUGUACAAGAUAAAUCCCUUUUUACCACACCACUCCCAGAUGUUACAGAUAAACUUCCAGAUGUUACAGAUACACUCCCAGAUGUUACAGACAAACUCCCAGAUGUUACAGAUAGACUCCCAGAUGUUACAGAUAAACUCCCAGAUGUUACAGAUAAACUCCCAGAUGUUACAGAUAAAUCUGAUAAAAGACCUAACUCUACCAUUAUGAUAAUAAUUGUUGUCGUAUUAGGUAUAGGUUUAGUCAUAAGUGGAAUUCUACUUCUGUGCUAUGUCAAGAAAAAGAAACAAUUCAGUUUUAAAGAUAGAUUGAGGAUAUACCAACUUUCAGAAAAGUAAUGACUGUCUUAAUAUGGAAGUGUUUUCGGAGUGAAGAUUACCUAAUGUAGGGACUCUGUGGGACUGCGACGUCAAAGACCAAGACGUUAUAUCUGCCACUGUACAAAAUAUGGAAAAAUGAACUUUCUAAAAACUGUCGAAUCAAUGUUUCGGAGGCAAAAAAGUUAUAUAUAAGUAGAUAUUUCUGAAGCAAAUAUUGUAUUUUGUUUCAAACUGUAAUAUGUGUGCACGAAAUAUUUUUUCACCUUUAUUUACGUUUGAGAAAGACCGCCGUUUUUUUUUAUAUCAGCACUAAGCAUAUUUCGUCUGUUAUCGCUUUAAACCUAGCCAUCAGAGAUACACCGGAAAUGACUAAAAUGAAAGUCUUCUAGCUCAUUAAGAUUUUUAAGUAGUUUUACAGCUUCAAUUCAACCAUUAAUUACCGUCUUUUUUUUCCAGAAUUAGGAAUUUCCUGAUCUUCCCGAAGCUUAUACCUAGUGCAUUCGAUUUUAUGAAAGUUUUUCUUUUAGAAACCGGUCUUUAGCUGUCAAAAAAAUUUAAAAGAUAAAAGCGAUUUGUGUUUGAAGUAACGAAUGUCACUCUUAAAACAUUGUAAAAUAUGAACGUGUUUCGCUUUCAACGUCGUACUGAUGUAAACGUAAAAGUUGAAAUAAAAAAUACACGCUUAUAUUACAAUAUCGUUUUUUUUACGAUAGCAAGGCAACAAACAGGCUAAAUAAAUAUUUCUUCCCCCAUCAAGACUAUUUAUAGACACGGAAUACUGAAUUGUGUGAAUAUUUAUAUUAUGAAAUAAAUAAAAAAUAAGGAAAUUAUAGAAUGUUAGAGGGGCGGGCCAGCUGAUGGGAACUUUAAUUUAAACUAACGGCUGUUAGUCACUGCGAUAACAUUCCGAUCUGUAUACUUAGAGUGUUUUUUUUCGUUGAGACGUACAAAUACUGAGCCACUCCGUCUCUAUGUUUUUCUAUGUGUAUCCAACUCAUGAGGUAAACCUUAUACAACUAAUUUGUUCUUAUGGCAUAGUGUUACACCACAGUCCCUUGUUCAGGCGAGUGAUCGGCUCCCAUUUAAAUGUUUAACCCUGCCACAUUAUGUAUGUACUUGUCCCAAGUCAGGAGCGCGUAAUUUAGUGGUUGUCGUUUGUUGUUUUGUUACUUAUUUGUAUUUUAUUAGUUCAUUUUUCGAUACAUCACCUCGGCCGCUAGUUUUUUUGUUUUUUCAAAGCUGACUGUUUGGUACGGUCUUUGCUCAUUUGCAACAUAUUUAUAUACCAUUUUUAUAUCAAUAAAUAUCUAAAAAUGCCACAUUUUCAAUACUAAAUUAAUAAUCCGAUGCGCACAUAUUUACAGCGAAGCAGUCAACCGCUUUUUAGAAAGCUCAAAUUUGUACUUUUUCUUAAUUUUCAAAGUGAAUAUCAUUGAUGCGUUUUAUUUUGAUCUGUGUCAUAAAGGCGUUUACCAGAACGUAAUGUGACAAUAUGAUGGGCUU